AUGGAUAUGGAUUCUUUUGACGAAGAAGUGCGUAUUCAUAUGGAUCGAUUUGAAGAACAACAACGAAUAUUCGUUCAGGUGUUGAAUCAAAUUGAUGAUGAGUCAGAUGAAGAUAAAGAACCAACCAACAACUUGAUGCGGCUAUAUUCAUCGGGGCAAAUACCUAGAGAUCCAGAGCCAAGAGAAGUCUUCACAAGAAGAUAUACAUACCGCGGUCGGGAUGAAUGGCACGAGAAGCUGAUGCACAAUUAUUUUCUUCCUGACUGUGUGUUCUCUGAUGAAAAUUUCCAAGGCCGAUUCCGCAUGCCCAGACAUUUGGUGCUAAAGAUUAUUGGUGAGCUUUGUCAGGUAGAACCUCAAUUUAAUUAUCAGUAUGAUGCACUGAAUAUUAGGGGUCAUAGCCCUGAACAAAAGGUUACUUCGGCUUUGAGGAUUUUGGGAUAUGGAAGACCUCCAGAUUCUAAUUAUGAGUACCUUCGCAUUGGCAAAACAACUGCAUACAAGUAUCUUGCGUUGAUUUUCGAAACAAUGAUUAAUCAUUUUGGAUCUCAAAACGAUAUAAAUGUUUUACAAAAAUCGCCUUUGUUUGAAGAUUUAAAGUAUGGAAUUUCUCCUCAGGUAAAUUUGAGUAUCAAUGGGAAUCACUGCACUCAUGGUUAUUAUCUUGCAGAUGGAAUUUAUCCAAAAUGGUCAACUUUAGUUCAAUGUUACCGUCAUCCACCUGCCGGUGAAAUGGGUUAUUCAUACUCGUAUUUCAAUAGUAAACAAAUGAAUCAGAGAAAAGAUGUGGAACGGGAUUUUGGAAUUCUGAAGCGGAAGUUCGAAAUCGAGACCCGUCGUAAUAAGAAUUGGACUAACCAUCAAGAUGAAGACUUAAGGCCUGAGAUUAUACCAGCUAGAGGAUUACCUGCAAGAAACUAUGCGCAAAUGACCAGUCAUAUUGAGAACAAAACUUUGUAUAACAGGUUGAGGGAAGAUCUCAGAGCGAAUCUGUGGGCUGAGUUUGAAAGAGAUGGGGGACGAAUUGAGUAA